GAAAAGGAAAAUUGCAUUUGCGAUGGAAGCAAGAACAGCAAAAGUGGAAAGCGCAGCUUCUUCAAUGGAAAAAGAGCGAUUACCGGAGAAUUGGAGCGAGGCUGUGGAAGACCUUGUGGCUAAAGGAGACAGCGAAAGCGCCAUCUUUUUCCUCGAAUCUCUGCUCCCCAAUCUGGAAACCCUAAGCUCUUCCCAACAAUCUUCACAGCUUCAAUUGGCAUCUCUUCUCACCGAGUUAGCCAAACUUUACUCCUCUAAAGGCUUAUCUCUCAAAGCUGAUGAGCUUGAGUCUCGGGCUUCCCUCCUCAAGCAUAGAGCUAGCCGGUGUUACAUUUCUGCUGAUGCUAAAACUGUGAAAGACUCGAAAAAUGGAGUUUCCUCAAAUGAUGUUGCUUCCUCUUCUUUUGAUUCAUUGAAUGGGGGAUCCGAUCAUGGGGCCGUUGAAAAGCCUGCAGAUAUACCUGCUGAGACUACCCUUGGCAAUGGUUCUUCAGAUGAUGAUUGGGAAGCAAUUGCAGACCGUUCACCUGAUGAGUUACUCUCUUCGGUAUCUGCACAGUGUUUAUCUGGAGUAUCAGAUCUUAAAUUAGAGAACAACAAAAGUCAAAUUCCAAAGCGGCGUGGAAGAGGAACAUUCUCAUAUGAAAAACGUGAACUUUAUAGUGAUCAGUUACUUGAUAACCCAAUCAUUGAUGCCGAGGAUGAGGAAACUCAUCAUUAUUCAGGAGAUAAAAGAGAUAUGGGAACCUCUAAUUAUGGGACUCGCCACGUUCUUGUUUUGGCCGACUUCUUGCCAAGUACUAGGACAAUAGAUUUGGAGAAACUUUUUGAGGACUUCAAAGAUCGUGGAGUUGUGAUUCGCUGGGUCAAUGAUACAGUUGCACUUGCAGUAUUCCGAACACCUUCAAUUGCUCUUGAGGCCCUAAACAGGAUUCGUUAUCCAUUCACCGUGAGGAUACUUGAUGAAGAAGAUGCUCUUCUGAGUUCAAUUAAAGCAAGAGACCUGGAACCUCCUAGGCAAAGGCCGAAGACAUCAGCUCAAACAGCGCAGAGGUUGAUUGCUCAGGGAAUGGGGUUAAAAUUGUCAUCAACAGCCUUUGGAUCCCGAGAAUUGAAAAAACAAGAAGAUGCGAGGAGGAACCGCAUCACUACCAGGCAAAAUUUGAGAGAUGAGGCUUGGGGAGAUGAUUAACCUUUGUUAAACUUGUUAUAUUUAGAAAUGUUGUAACUUAUAGCCCCAUUUUAGUGUAGAAAGUGUAAUUCCUUAAUUCAUGAAUGCGUUGAUAGCUCGGUUACAGAAGAAGUGGUUGUGUAUGAAACGACGGGCUAAUAGCGCAGAAUUUCCUGUGACCUGGUUUUACGAAAAUGUGAAGCUCAUUGCUGAGAUAUCAAAUCUUGUUCCUCGUUUCCU